AUGGCUUCUACUUCUUCCACUCCUCCCAAUCAGUGGAAGCCAUGGGAUGUAUUUAUUAGUUUUAGAGGCGAUGAUGCCCGUUAUAAUAUUCUCUCCCAUCUCCAUAAAGCCUUUAAGGAAAAACAAAUCAAGGCCUUUACGGAUGAAGAGCUUCGUAAAGGAAAAGAGAUCUCAUCAGGGCUCGUGAAAAUAAUUCAAGAAUCAAGUAUCUCAAUAGUUAUUUUCUCUGAAAAUUAUACAGAUUCUCCAUGGUGCUUGGAUGAGCUUGUUGAGAUAUUUAAAUGCCAGGAAGAAUCAAAACAAACAGUCAUAUCAGUUUUUUACAAAGUAAAUCCGACUGACGUCCAAAAGCUUACAGGCAAUUUUAGUAAGGCAUUUGCUAUUGCUGUGCUUGAAGAAGUGCUAGAUAAAGGCAGUUCACAAAAGGCGGACAACUGGAAGCGAGCUUUGAUGGAAGUAAGCAACUUAUCAGGAUGGGAUUUACGGCAUCACAAGGAUGAGGCCGAAUUAGUUGAGGAAAUCAUCAAUGAUGUGUUGAAGAAAUUUAAUGAUAUGUCUAAAAGUGAUGAUUCUUAUGAUCGCAAAUUGAUUGGAAUUAAGUCGCGCGUGGAAAAAGUGGAAUGGUUGUUAAAAGAUAAGCAAUAUGUAGGAAUUUGGGGGAUGGGAGGCAUUGGUAAAACAACUAUUGCCCGAGAAGUUUUUCGUCGAAAUAGGAGUAAAUUCGAUGCUCAUUACUUUGCAGAAAAUUUUAGGGAGAAAAUGACAAAGAAAUCACCAAAUGAUGUACGAGACAAAAUCAUUUGUCAAUUAUUAGGGGACAAAAAUUUACAUGCAGACACAUCGGAUUUGGAUGUUUUUACUAGGAGAAGGCUCUAG